GUUUUAUGUCUCGUAGCUGUGUGUGUGCGCGCAUUUCAUAUGUAGUUGUUAGAGCAGUUAGUAGUAUAUAUGUAUAUGUGACUGUUUCAUAUAUGUGUAUGCAAGUGUUUUUUUAGUGUGUGUACAUGAGUAAAGUUUGAUUUAAGCCCUAUACGGCGCUUCAUACAAUUUUAAACACUACAUUCCACAUAUUAUUCUUGGUUGGGUAUUUCUGAGGGUUAAUUAAUACCGGCAAACAAAUGGUGCGGUGGGAGCGAGUCAGAUUUUCCAGCUGUGAGAACUGGAGACACACAAAGAGAGACACGAAGAGAAAGAGAGAGAGAGAGACAGACAGACAGAGAGAGAAAGACGCAGCGGACCAAACAACGUCUCACUUCACUCACUAAAGCUGCAGCAGGAUGGAAUGGUUUCUCCUGCUCCUUUUUACUGUGUGCUGCACUGGAGACAGCAUUGAAGUGGGCUUGGAGGACAGUGACUGGGACUGGGGCUCCGGCCUGCCUGAGCUGCUGCACAGCUUUCCUGCUCAAAGUCCCUUUUUCACAGACACAGCAGAACAUGAAGCAAACUGCACUCAGCGCUUCUGGCUGCCACCAUCCUCUCCUGUGUGCUGGGAAGACAUAGCAGGACCAGAGGAGUUCAAGGAGACACGUUUGCUGGUGCUACAGAACCGAGCAGCACUCCAUGCUGUAACUGAGGCCAGCGGUCUGGAGGAGGGAGGAAUCUCAUAUGAGGAGCAGGCAAUGACAGAUGUCCAAGGAGUUCGGGAAGAUCACCUGAGCAUUUCUCAGACUGUGGAGUUCAUGCAGAAAGUCUUCUUUGACCUGGAUGAGAAGAGGAAGACGGGAAAGGAACAGGACACGUUUGCAAGUUUAAAAGAGAAGAUUACAAAUACCAUGAACUCCAUAAAUGGCAGAGAAGAAAUAGCAGUUCUUCUGGAGCAGCAUCUGUCUCAACUUGAGAGGACAUUAAACACCCUACAAUAUCGACUAACCCAACUACUGCAUCUAUAAUAAUGUUACAGUAUACAUUUUACAUUGUUGUGCAUGCCCGUGAGGAAGCAAGACUUUAUACCUUAAAGCAUGACUUUCUUUAUUGUCUUAUACCGCUGUUUCAAUAGUGGGGUAAGUAAUGCACUGCCUGGGCAAAAAAGUCAUAUACUUUAAUAAUUAGUUUGACCAAUUUCAGACCCAUCAUUUGAGUGAAAAUGUUUUUACUUUCACCAAACAUAGCUGUAACUUCUACUGAUGAUUUUUACGAUGCAACCUUACCAAGCGUUUUAAGUGAUCUCAAUAUUUUCAUGACCAGAUUUGUUUCGAAGUUGAAUUUUUAGCACUGUCUGUCCAGGUUUUAAUAAUGUGCAUCCCAAAUCUACUACCAGCUUAAUAUUUGCAGGCCAAUGUUUUGAUCUUUUUAAAACUGCAACUUUUUUGGGCCAGGCAGUGUAUGAUGGUGAUUUGAAGACACAAGACAUUACUCUAAGAUACCUUUUAGAAAGGAUUAUAUAAUUAUAUUAUUAACUUUUAUACCAUAUUGUAACUUUAUAACAACUUUCAUGAAGGCAUUAUUUAUCAGGUCAGCAUUGUUAAAUUAGAAUCAUUGUACAGGAUCAGAAAAAAAAUUGAGCUGAGCAAAUAAGAAACAAAAGGUUUAUUUAUUGAAAAAUAUACACCAAUUAUCAUACAGUACACUAUACAAAACGCAAGAUGUUAUGCAAAUUUCAAGUAUAAAUUCUCACAAUUUAAAUUCAGUGCAUGUAAUAAGCUAUAACAGCAAAUAAUUACAAGCAAACUGUGGUAUACUCAAUUCUGAUCUACAGUAAAGGAUACUGAUUAAACCUG